UCCAGAGCUCGGAAGCAAACCUUAUCCUUCUCAACUGUCAAAUUGAAAGCCUCAGCUCAACAAUGGAUUCAUAUCUCCCCUUCCACACCCAACUCAUUCCUCAACUCUGAAACCAUCAACAUUCUCUCUUCUUUCACUCCAUGGCUUCUACAACCUCUGUUUCCUCUUCUAUCUGCAACAGAAUCUACAACCUCUCCUUCAAACAUUCUUCCCUUGCACUCACCUGCAACUUCUCUCAAAGACCCAUAUCUCAAAAAGCCUUCAAUCUCAACCUCAAGUUCCAAAGUUUUAUUCUUUCCCCACUUUCACUUCACCGUCUUCACCCACCAUCUGCUUCCACUGAUGAAUUUGAAGUGGCUCAAGACAGCACAGAUUCCCGACAAGACAACCCAGAACCAGAACCAGAAACAGAAACCUCUGAUAAACCACAACAAGAGGAAGAGCAGAAGGUAUCAACUUCCAGUGAUGAUAGGAGGCUCUAUGUUGGAAACUUGCCAUAUUCAAUGACUUCUUCGCAAUUGACUGAGAUCUUUGUAGAAGCUGGCACUGUGGUGUCUGUUGAGGUAAUGUACGAUCGAGUCACGGAUAGGAGCAGAGGAUUUGCAUUUGUUACAAUGGGGAGUGUUGAUGAUGCUAAAGAAGCAAUUCGAAUGUUUGAUGGCUCUCAAGUUGGUGGUAGGAUUGUCAGGGUGAACUUCCCGGAGGUGCCCAAAGGAGGUGAAAGGUUAGUAAUGGGGCCAAAAAUACGGAACAACAACAGAGACUUUGUGGACAGCUCUCACAAGAUAUAUGCUGGAAACCUUGGCUGGAGAGUGAGCUCUCAGGAUCUUAAAGAUGUUUUCGCUGAGCAGCCUGGCUUAGUCAGUGCCAAGGUCAUCUAUGAGAGAGACAGUGGAAGGUCUCGAGGUUUUGGGUUUGUCACUUUCGAAACUGCUCAAGAUGUAGAAGCUGCUUUGAAAACUAUGAAUGGUGUGGAGGUUCAAGGUCGGGAAUUGCGAUUGAACUUGGCUGCUGUAAAGGCACCUUCAUCUCCUUCAGUAACUGAGGAAAAUGAAGGAAGUAGUGUUGAUACCUCUGAAUUGGUGUCUAGUGCCAGCACAUGAAGAAAUAUUUUUGUAAAAAUUUUGCCCGCAAAAUGCACCUAUAUCUACUUGCCCUUCUCUUCAUCUUGUCACAUUUCCUGGCAAUUACUAGCCACAUUGGUACACACUAACUAGACCUUCAGGCAGUUGUGAGAUGUAUCUAUCAUUGAACAUGUAUUAAAGACCUAUAAGGGGUUAUAUAAUUUGUAAUUAUAAAACAGAGCUUUUAGAGUU